GCACCCAAAUUUGCCUCAGGCUAACGAGUGCCCAAAAUCAGAGAAAUCUAGAGUGGCAAAGAAGUUUUACAAUAGAAAAUUUUUUGCACACUGCCAAGUCGUGCAUUCGGACAUUUUCGAAGACUCUCACUUUCUUUUUUCUACGCUCUCUAUCCACACGCAUACUCAUUCCUAGAGCAAUGAUUACGCCAAAGUUCAGCGUUCAGCAGGACGACACCACCGUCACUGUGGUGAUCACUGCCCCACAUGUGCGUGCAGCGACGAUCGAGCUUGACGUCAACGGGGACCAGCUAACAUUCUACGCAGCGCCAUACUACCUGCGCCUCACGUUCCCGGGUCGUGUUAUGGAGGACGAGAAUUCCAAGGCCCAGCUGGACCACGGCUCGAACAACAUCACUGUGGUUUUGACAAAGGAGAUGCCGGGCGAGGUGUUCGAGAACCUGGACAUGCUCACAAGCCUGCUGGCAACACGCCGUGAGCGGGAUGCUGCAGCAGGCAGCGCAGCUGAGCCCAGGAAACCACAUAUCGAGGAGAUUGGUGGUGGGCAGACCCCGCUUGACCUGAAAUCGAUGCUCGAGGAUGAGGAGUUUGACUGGGAAAUACCCCAGAGACUACAGGCUGCUGACAACCAGGAGCUGGCUGACCGCUCAAAAAACUACGGAUUCGACCUGCAGUACAACCAGUACUUUGCUAAUAUCGCUAGUGACGGUAAUGGGAUCAUGAAUAGCUAUCGCUUCGAGAGCAUGGAUCAUGCGGGGCGGCGGGAGAGGCGUAUGUCUGACGAGUAUGACCGGUUCGAUGAGGAUUACUACAUUGAGAACUUCAUGAAUGACGAGGAAAUCAUGGAUCUGAUCCACUACAAGACCCAGUACCACAAGGCUCUGCGCAGGAUCCAAAAGACUAAAAAGGCCAAUGGCCAGGAUGCGCAACCUAGCAGCAGCGAGGUAACGGAGGCUGAUAUGGCGCAAGACCCGUUCAAAUUUACUGAGGAGGAAAACAAGGCUAUGAUGGGCCUGUCUCGCCGGACCUAUAUGGUUACACACGAGCAGACAGUAUAUCUGGGUCUUGUUGAGCUCCUGUUUGCGUACUCCUACGACCACCGCAUAAAUCACGGCGAGCAAACUGUAGAGUCUUCCCGCCAGAUCGGCCGAUUGUCCGCACAAAUGUCGUGCCUGGACCACUAUACGCAGCUGCGUGAUGCCGUCGUUACUUGCUUCCGUCGCGCAUUGGUUUACCCCCUCUACCGCAACUGGGAGCUGUGUGAGCGCGUGCUGUCCGAUGUCUACAUCCUGCUGCGGCUUGGCCGUCGCACUUGCCUCAAGGUCUUGCUGGAGCUGAAGAUCAUGUUUGAUCAUCAUGAUGAGUAUUACCUUUACAGCAAGACGCUGUUCGAUGACUACUGCGUGUGGCUGCAGACGACGGCUAAUGACAAGGUUAUACGGUCGCUGGCACACCAGAUCAACCAUAUAGAGAUUGAGAAAGAUGAAGUUGGGUGGCACCUGGAGACUUACGAGGACCUUGCUCUCGAGACCUCGGAGGAGGAGGUGGAAUCAGAUAGCGACGAAGCGGUGGAGUGGAAUGCCGAGAUGGGUUUGCACCAGGGUAUCCCGGCUGACAUGAAGGAGCCAGCAGAGCCAGCACCACCGCUGAAGAAACCCCUGAUUGAGGUUGUGGGCGACUCGGUUGACACCAGCGAUGCCGCAGGCGCGUCAGCACCUACUGAGCACACCGGCACACCGGCUACUUCCACAGCCCUGCUUGAUAGCGAACUGCAAGAUAAAUCGUCGCCUACUAUCAUUCUGCCCACGGCGUCUCAGACUGACGAGCAGCAUGGCGCAGACGCUGAUCCCAGUGGUGGCGGGAAGAAGCCAUUGAUUGAGAUGCUCUAGUUUUGUAGGCUGAAGGAGACUGAAUAUAUUGCUGAUUCUCAAGCUGCUGGGUCGUCCUACACAGUAAAAAAAAACUGCAAGCCA